GGUGAAGAAUGACGUGACUCGCGGGAGAACAAACGCUAAACGCACCACGGCAGCCGUGUACUGUUUCCUUCCUGUGUGGUGGCAAUAGUUAUUUAACAUGGAGAAACAAACUUUAGGGAAGGAGAGGCUGAUAGUGCCCACUGAUUUCACCUCACCAGCACUUCCGAGGGAGACUCCGGAGGACCUCAUACCCCCAUCGCAUUUUGCAUCAAGUGCCCAUUCUGCUGGAGCAAACAGAUGUGUUCAAAUCCCGGCGACACAGCCACCCAUCUCCUGGAUAAACCAAGGCAUGAUAUCAGCACCAUCAUCAGGGGAGCCAAGUCCUGCCAAUCCAUGGCUUGCCAUCAAUCAGGCCCAACAGGAAAUCUUGGAGCUGAGGAAGGAAAAUCAGAGGAUCUUGAUGCUACAAGGAGACAGCAUAAGGACCCCUGAUUAUCGUUCAGAUUGUAGAGCCAGAUCAAAAGACAGAGGAGGUAAUUGGUCUCGAUGGGAAUCAGAGUGGCGACUGGAGGCAGAAAAGCACAAGGCUGAAGCAGAGAGGUUAAAGGGGCAGGUGGAGGCACUAAAGGAGAUUGCAGAAAGAUGCAGGGAAGAGGUCAGAGACAAAGACAACACCCUUAGCAGAAACAGCCAUGAGAUGGAAGCAAUACAUACGGAUCUAUCCAAGGCUAAGUCUGAACUCAGCCAAAUCAGAGAGGAGCUCAGUCUCUGCAGCGCACAGAAGGAAAAAAUAAGCUCACAGUUUGAAAGACUGAAAGCAGAGUCUGAUGAGGAAAUUACAAGGCUGAGGAGAGAUGCUGAAAGGAGCAAAGAGGAAUCCCGGGAGCUUGCUUUGAAGGUUGAAAUGGGCAGGUUGCAGGCUGAAGAGGAAGCCAAACAACAGACUCUCAGACUAUUACAGCAACUAGAGGAAUUUCGGAAGAACAAGGAGGUGGAGCUGCAACAGUUGAAUGCAUCCCAUUGUGCAGAGUUGGGUGCAGCACAAAAAACAAAUGGUGAACUACAGAACCGACUUCAGUCAAUGACCUCAGAACUGCUGCAGCUAAAGAGCACUCUGAUGGAAGUAUCUACUGAGAGAAAUGGACUAAAAGAACAUUUAAGCCAAAUGGGACAAGCUUUUGAGACACAGUCUGCUACAUUGCAAAGCCUCAGAAAUUACAUCGGCCAGCUUGCACCAGAGAAAGGAGAGAGGGAACGAUUAAAUGAAGCUGUUGAGAGGCUGAACAAAGAGAAAGCAGCUCUUCAGACAACUGCAGAACUUUUGACAGUCAGGCUUAACUCUGUGAAUGAGAUACUCGCCCUCCAAGAAGAGAAAAUGGUGAAAAAGGAUGUUUGCGGACCACGUAAGACAUCGAUGGAUCCACUUGUGGAGAAAGGAUCCGAAGGCCUUCAAGUGCUUCAGCUGUGGAGAGAGAAAGUGUUCAAGUUGUGUGUCCAGCUUCGCUCAAAGGACAUCGAGAUAAGAGGAGAAAAGGAAAAACUGAUUUCAAAAGUCAGAUUUACAGAGCAGCAGCUGCAGCAGGAGCAGCACAGAGCUAGCGUGCUCCAAUACAGCCUACAUGACAGGAUCGCUGAGCUGGACCUCGAGAGGGUGGAAAAGGAUGCACUGAAACAGGAUUUGGCCAGUGUUCACAAGGAAAAUGUUCAGUUGAAGUUACAGAGCCAGAAAGCAGAGGCUGAAUUUAAAACCUUGACAGAGGCAGUGCAAAGAUUCUGUGAGGCGUUUGAAAGCAAGGUGGCAGAAGUGGAGGCAGCUAAAGCAAGGCUCAACACUUUUACCCAGAGGCUGACAUUUGCUAAAAGACGAGUGGAGACAGUCCAAGCUUUGGUCAUGAGGAAGGCAGCCCUGCAGAAAGUUGAACAGGCCUGUAAACAGCCAGAUAAGGAUGCUGAAAGCAUCAGAAACCUCCAGAUAGAGCACAGUUUGGUGUGCGAAGAGAGAGACAGACUCACUCGAGAGCUCAAAAGAACCCCAGAGCUUAUCGAGAACGCUCUCGCUGAUCUGAAAGAGCAAUAUGAGAGUAAAGUUAGGCUACAGCAGCAGGAGCUGGAGCAGAGCUGGGUGGAGCUUGAGCAGGCUGUAGUUGGUAGAGAGGAGGCUGAGCAGAACCUGCAGCAGAUCCAGGCCCAGCUGGAGGACACUAAGGUCACCCUGGAGAGAGUCCGCUGUGAGCUGCUCAGCCAGCAAGAGCAGAGUGAGCAGGCCCUGCAGGAAAGAGUGUCUGAGAUUGAGGAGCGGUGUUCUGAGAAGCUGAGAGAAAUGGAGGCUCAAGUCAGCACAGUCAGGAAAGAGCACACCAAAGCAGUUAUGACUUUGCGUGAGUUUGAGAGAGAGGCAGCAAAGAAACUGGAAGAGAUGAAGCAAAGCCGAAAUCCGGAGAGUGAAAACACAAAGAGGAAAGUCCAGCACAAACAACUGAAGGAGACAGCGAGGGACAAAAACCAACACUUGGUCACAGUUGCUGAUAGAGGGCUGAUGAAGGAGCACCAGAGAGCUCAGGCGACAGCUCGGCAAAACUCUGCUGCUCAAUGGAAACCUCGACAAAACGCUUCAGAAUGGAGCUGUUCUGUAGGUGCACAAGUCCAACUACCUGCAGAUGAGACACUUCUGUGUGUUUUGGAGGAGCUCCAUACUCUCAGUGCUGCAGUGGUAAACAGCUCUGAGGACUCUGCGGAGGAGGAAGGACAGAGUGACAGUGUGGAACCAUCCACUGGCAGUCUGCACAGCUGAUACCUGAAGAUGAGUCACUGCAGCCAGUAAACACACCUUUAAAUUCUAACUGUUGGCAGUGUUGAUAACAUACAGCUCCUGGAAAUCAUUUGAUUGAGCCAAACCACUUAAAAUCAGACAUGUCACAUUUGAACUAAACAGAUACUGUGUGUUACAUGUAGAGUAAUAUAAAUUUAAGGUUGUGUAAUUCUUCGAGGAUUCUGUGACCAUCCAAUGGUCCAUUUUCUGAAUAAUCUAAAUUUCUUGUCUUUGCAGUAAGAUAAUAAAUAAAUAAUAAAAUAUA